GCCCCGCUACCUUCCACAAGAGUCCCAGGAUCGACUUCGAUUCGAAAGGCACACCGCAGAGUCUCAUGACCAAGAAUUCCCACAAGUUGUCCAAGUACCCGGAUUGGAACACCUGGCGACACGCCUUUGGCUCGGAUCGGAACCGCGCGCCCGCCUUCUUCCGCGCGGGGAGCAUCGUGGCCGACCCAAAGCCCAUUUGCCGAAACUCCAAUCUGCACAUCAGCGGCUGCGGCAAGCCGUGCAUGUUCUGCAUGAUGGCAGGCGACGGCCACGGUUGCCCCACCUCUGGGGCCCACAACGACAUCAGCAGCGGCCUGGGGCUGAACGCCGCCUACUGCGGCGGCGGCGAUGUGCCUUGGAUCUCCUGA